AUGGAGCUGCUUCUAAACCCCGUGGGGUUGCAAGAAGCGCUAGCGGAGGCCCUAGCAAAAGCAAUGCUGGCAGUACAGAUGCCACUACCACCAAGCAUGUUGGAAGUAGUGGUAAAGGCAUCGCUGGAGGUGUUAGAAAAGCACACCCAGCAAAUACAAACAGAAGCACUGCAAAGAAAACAACAAACACCACAGCAACAAACACCACAGCAACAAACACCACAGCAACAAACACCACAGCAACAAACACCACAGCAACAAACACCACAGCAACAAACACCACAGCAACAAACACCACAGCAACAAACACCACAGCAACAAACACCACAGCAACAAACACCACAGCAACAAACACCACAGCAACAAACACCACAGCAACAAACACCACAGCAACAAACACCACAGCAACAAACACCACAGCAACAAACACCACAGCAACAAACACCACAGCAACAAACACCACAGCAACAAACACCACAGCAACAAACACCACAGCAACAAACACCACAGCAACAAACUCCACAGCAACAAACACCACAGCAACAAACACCACAGCAACAAACACCACAGCAACAAACACCACAGCAACAAACACCACAGCAACAAACACCACAGCAACAAACACCACAGCACAGAGCCACACAACCCCAAGCACCACAACAACCAACACAAACACAGAAAAGAAAAACUUACGCCCAAGCACUGUUUCAGAAAAAAGAUGCCGUGCAGGUAGCGGACGCCCCACUACUAGAGAAACCACAAACCAGCCACGACCACACAUCACCAGCAAGCAAGUUUGUGCGCCAAGCAACUCCCCUAAGAGAAGCGAGGUCGGUCACACUUGCAGCCUUCUGGAUCAUCGACACCCCAGACGCGAAGGAAGUCUCCUACAAAGAUUGGAGAUCUAACCUUUACGAACAGGGGGCACUAGCGAGGUCGAUCAUAGAGCUGCGACAACCCAUUGAGAAACGUCUUGGAGGUGAUCACCACGUGAGCCGUAAAGUUAUAGGAUAG